AAAAAUUUGAUUUGCAUGGGUGAUUUGACACGAUGGUGAGAGUGUAAGCAACGUACACGAUUCUAACACAAAUUAACGUUGUACUAUUCUCUUCCCACCAAUCCAAACUUCACACCGCUUCUAGUUUCCAGAAAAUUCCAUCACCACCUAUUUCAAAAUAAAUAUUUAGGGUUUGCUAAAUCCAUUAACCUCCAUCGCCAGCCAUGGGAAGGAGUAAGUUCUUCAAUUCUUCCUGUUAUCUUCUUAAUUAUCCAUCAUUUACUUAAUUUUGUUUCUUUUGGCUUAUCGAUUACAUCUUGUAUCUAACUGAUUUGCCUGAUCUUCAAUUCUCUUCUUCUAUCUGAACUGUACUGAUCGUUCGUUAAUCAACGAGAUGUAACUCGUUCUACACCUCAAGUGAUUCCAUGGAAAUGUGUGGAUUUCUCUAGAUACGGUGAAGUUAAUUUCGUACGCUAAACGAAAUUCAUUGCAGAUUUUUAGCGAUGACCUGUUUUCUGUUUUCUGUUUUUCAUUUUAUCGAUUUGAAUUUGAUCCGAUAUCGAUCAUCAACUAUAUGAUUUGAAUUUGAUCUGACAUCGAUCAUCAACUAUAUGAUUUGAAUUUGAUGAUGGAUUUGUGGUUGAUCACUUUAUAUCCAGGACCAGCGAGAUGUUAUCGCCAAAUCAAAAACAAGCCGUACCCAAAAUCCCGAUUCUGUCGUGGAGUUCCAGAUCCAAAGAUCAGGAUCUACGAUGUGGGAAUGAAGAAAAAGGGGGCAGACGAAUUACCGUUUUGUGUUCAUUUGGUUAGCUGGGAAAAAGAGAAUGUAUCGAGUGAAGCCCUCGAAGCUGCUCGAAUUGCUUGCAAUAAGUACAUGGCUAAGCACGCUGGUAAAGACUCGUUUCACUUGAGGGUUCGAGUCCACCCUUUCCAUGUUUUGCGAAUCAAUAAGAUGUUGUCGUGUGCCGGAGCCGAUAGGCUCCAGACGGGCAUGAGAGGUGCGUUUGGGAAGCCGCUGGGAACGUGUGCUCGUGUGCACAUUGGGCAGGUGCUUCUUUCGGUUCGGUGCAGGGAUAACCACAGCGGCCACGCGCAGGAGGCUCUGCGUCGUGCAAAGUUCAAGUUCCCGGGUCGUCAAAAGAUUAUUGUCAGCAGGAAAUGGGGAUUCACCAAGUUCAGCAGGCAGGAUUAUGUGAGGUGGAAAUCAGAGAAUCGGAUUGUGCCAGAUGGUGUGAACGCCAAGCUUCUUGGGCGGCAUGGACCAUUGGCGAAUCGUCAACCAGGAAGGGCGUUUUUGACUUCAACCACUUGAGAUCAUGUUUAUGUCGACCGACAAACAGAAGCAUGAAGAAGGUUGAAGUACUAUGUUGUAUGGUGAUACUAGCUAGUAGUAGUUAAUUUGAGAGAAUAAGUUGGCAAGUGUUGCCCCCUUUGAGUAGUUUGAAUACAUAUACAUAGUUUGAAUACAUAUACAUGUUGGAUCUACUGAUGAUGAAGUAUAAUAUGUUA